AUGGUAUCGAAAACUUGGAACGUUGGAGUGGUCGGGUACGGGCUCAGUGCCAAAGUUUUCCAUAUCCCAUUUGUCCAUGAGGUCCCCCAGCUAAGCCUUUAUGCUGUGGUGCAGCGUACACCGAAACCUGAUGAUGAUGCGGAGAAGGACCACCCAGGAAUCAAGUCCUACAGGAGCGCUGAGGACAUGGUCAAAGACGAAGCUGUCGACGUGGUGAUUGUUACUACGGCCCCAGAUUCACAUUAUAGUUUGGCCAAGUUGGCAUUGGAGAAUGGAAAGCAUGUUGUUUGCGAGAAACCAUUUACCCCUACUUCCCAGGAAGCCGAUGAACUUGUUGCCGUCGCCAAGAAGCAGAAUAAGCUGUUGGCUGUAUACCAAAACCGUCGGUGGGAUGCGGACUUCGUUACGCUAUCGAAGCUGGUGAAGAAUGGCUCUCUUGGUCGCGUGGUGGAAUACGAGUCUCACUUUGAUCGCCACCGUCCCCAGGAGCCUGCUGCUGAUGCGUCCAAGUGGAAGAACAAGGUCAUUCCUGGCGGUAGCGCAAUUUAUGAUUUGGGAGCCCACCUGUUGGACCAGGCCGUACAUCUGCUAGGAUUGCCAGAUCGAGUUACCGGGUUCAUUGGUUCUCAAAGAGAAGUGAACACUACAGGCUUCGAGGAUUCAUUCACUGUACUGCUGCACUAUAAGAGUGGCCUUCUCGUCACGGUAAAGGCGGGCGUUGUGAGUCCGGAGGAGGCGCAAUUGAGAUUCUGGGUUCGAGGAGAAAAGGGUAGCUUCAAGAAGUUCCACCUCGAUAUCCAAGAGGACCAGCUCAAGGUGGGAAUGAAACCCGGUGACAGUGCAUAUGGUCGGGAACCUAGUGAAAGAUAUGGUACCCUCACCACGAUUCAGGACGGCAAACCCGUCAAGGAAAUCACUCCAACUGUGGAGCCACCAACUUGGACUGAAUACUAUAGGAAGCUCGCCCGGGCUCUUGCCGGCGAGGGCGAUCUUCCUGCCAGCGGAGCGGAGGCUCGUGAAGUUAUUCGACUUAUCGAACUGGCAAAAGAGAGUUCUCGACUCGGCAAGACUAUGGAUGUUUAG